AUGACAUCCAUUCGGCAAUUUAAAUUAACAGAUCUUUUGCGUAUUAAUAAUGUCAAUUUAGACAUUUUCACGGAAAACUAUGGCCUUUCGUUUUAUUUACAUUAUUUAGCACGAUGGCCGGAAUGUUUUUUCGUAGCGGAAAACUCGGCUCAACGGUUGAUGGGUUAUAUUAUGGGAAAGAUUGAAGGCAAGCAAGAAAAUUAUCAUGGUCAUGUUACAGCUUUAUCUAUAGCACCUGAAUUUCGUCGUAUAGGUGUAUCAUCACAAUUGAUGGCACUAUUAGAAAAUGUUUCUGAACAGAAAAAAACAUAUUUCGUUGAUUUAUUCGUUCGUGUAUCGAAUAAACGUGCAGUUGAUAUGUAUCAUAAAUUGAACUAUGUGGUCUAUAGGCGAAUCAUUGGAUAUUAUUCUGGCGAAAGAGAUGAAGAUGCAUUUGAUAUGCGGAAAGCGUUGUCGCGUGAUGUUGAAAAAAAAUCAUUAAUACCGAUUCCACAUCCUGUUCGACCAGAGGACUUAGUUGAUGAUUAA